AUGAUUGUUACACCAAAAAUAUCUCAAGAAAAAGGUCAAAGUGAUCCCGAAGAAUCAUUUCAGAGACUUGAACAUAUCGGUCGUGGAUCAUUUGGAGAAGUUUAUAAAGGUCUCAAUAGAAAAUUCUCAAAUAUAGUUGCAAUAAAAAUAAUCGAUUUGGAAAAAUCUGAAGAUGAAAUUGAAGAUAUUCAACAAGAAAUUCAAGUACUUUCUCAAUGUAAUUCACCAUAUGUUACAAAAUAUUUUGGUUCUUAUUUGAAAGGAACAAAAUUAUGGAUUAUUAUGGAAUAUCUUGGUGGGGGUUCAGCAUUAGAUUUAAUGAAACCUGGGGCAUUUAAUGAAAAAUAUAUAUCGAUUAUUUUACGAGAAGUUCUUAAAGGUCUUGAAUAUUUACAUAUAGAAAAAAAAAUUCAUCGAGAUAUAAAAGCAGCUAAUGUUCUUCUUUCUGAACAUGGAGAUGUUAAAUUAGCAGAUUUUGGUGUUGCUAAACAAUUAACAGAUUCGAUUAAUAAAGGUACUACAUUUGUUGGAACACCUUUUUGGAUGCCACCUGAAGUUAUUAUGCAACAUAAAUAUGAUUAUUCGGUAAGAUUAUAUAAAUCUAUAUUAUUUUAA